CUGCCACACUCCCCUAGCCCUGAGGUCAUAGGUGCCCACCUAAGCUUUCCGAUAAGGCAUUCACGCGGGGCAGCGGGGUAGGUGCUACCUGAUGUUGAUCAACAGGUACCCGGACCUAUCCGAUGUCGAGAUCAGUCAAUGACUCUUGCCUUUAAUAUGUAAUUAUCUUGCUUUCCCUCGUUUCGGUUCUCUCCUACACCUCCCUAAACACCUAACGCUAGACACAUCUACGGUGCGAUUCUACGUGAACAAUGAAGCUGAAAGGAACUCGAGAAGCUAGCCAUGCCGAUAGCUGGUACGAUGGGGACCCCGAUACCCUCUCCGGCCAGCUAGACGAGUUCCUGAGUCGCGUGCCGGACUCCAUCGAUGGGAGCGGGCUCCCUAUCCCCGGUGCCAAGGUCGUGAUCGCGCCGCACGCAGGAUAUUCGUAUUCCGGCCCCUGUGCCGCCUGGGCGUACAAGUCCCUCGAUCUAAGCAAAGCGAAACGAGUCUUCGUCCUCGGUCCCUCGCACACGUAUUACCUCCGCGGCUGCGCUUUAACCAAAUUCGCCAAAUACGAAACCCCGUUCGGCGACCUCACCGUCGACGAAGAAAUCGUGCAGGCACUCCGCGACACAGGGAAGUUCCAGGACAUACCGAGCCAAGGCGACGUGGACGAGCACUCUUUAGAAAUGCACUUACCGUACAUCUACAAGCGGAUAACGCAGACCUUCGCCUCCGAGACGGAGUACCCCACCAUCGUGCCCAUCCUCAUCGGCGACAACAACGGGGCCGAGGAGAAGGAGUUCGGGAAGCUGUUAGCGCCGUACCUUUCUGACCCGGGCAACGCCUGGGUCGUAAGCUCGGACUUCUGCCACUGGGGCACGCGGUUCAGCUACACGGCGUACGCGCCGGGGGGCAAGGUGGCGGAGAUACAGUCGUUAGCGCGGCGGGCGGCGCGGCCGACGAACCCGCCGAUCCACGAGAGUAUCAAGCAAGUCGACCAACUGGCCAUGGACGCGGUCGCGUCGGGCGACCAUACCGGGUUCGUGGAUAACCUCAAGCAGACGAAGAACACGGUGUGCGGACGCCAUCCGAUUGGUGUUACGAUGGCGGCGUUGGAGGAGCUGGCGAGGGAGAGCCCCGGGCAGGGGAAGUACAGGUUUAGGUUCGUGCGGUAUGAUCGGAGUAGUUUGGUGGAGGACGUGGCGGAUUCGAGUGUGAGUUAUGCGUCUGCCUAUGCGGUUGUUUGAUGGGAGGCUGCGUGAAUGGAUGGAUGAAUGUGUGGCUUGGAGAGGAUUAAGGCGGAUUAGGUGGUGAUAGAGGAGCUCGCGCUCUAUUUGCUAGACAGACAUCCAAUGUGAAUGUCCAUUUGAAUUCCUAGGAAUUAUUUCGUCUACGUCAUUUCCUGGCUUACUUGAGUACAUAUGAGGGGGAUUGCCGAUCUAUGCAUCCUCUAAGACUGUUGUAAAUACGGGAGCCUGGAGAUGGUGCAACCUGAGGAUUGCUUUUGAUUUGGAGAUGAAGUCACUUAUAUCACGGGUAUAGCAUUGGAAUAGUGUUGCCUAUAGCCCUACAUUAGUAUCAUGUAUAUUCCAUUUUGUUUGCUACGUAUAUGCACCUACUAGCAAAAAAACCUACAGAAC